AAAUUUCAAUCUUAAUUGUAAAUGUAUGACGCAUACAGUGAGCAAAAAAUAUUCCAAGAUUCGUAAUCUCAAUAAAAGUUAAACAAACUAGAAUAAAUGCGCAUCAGAAUCUACAAAAUAUAAUAUAAAUAAACACCGACUAAGUAAGGUUCACCAUGAGCUUCUUGGGGAAGUUAUUUGGCGGUAAGAAGGAGGAAAAAGGUCCUACCACACACGAAGCAAUACAGAAAUUACGUGAGACUGAGGAACUCCUCGUGAAGAAACAAGAGUUUUUGGAAAGGAAAAUCGAGGUUGAAUUACAAAAUGCCAGGAAAAACGCGUCAAAAAAUAAAAGAGCCGCUAUUGCUGCACUCAAACGCAAGAAGCGCUAUGAGAAGCAGCUGACUCAGAUUGAUGGCACACUAACACAGAUUGAGGCUCAGAGAGAAGCACUGGAGGGUGCGAACACUAAUACCCAAGUACUGAACACUAUGAAGGAUGCUGCCAUUGCUAUGAAACUGGCUCACAAGGAUAUUGAUGUGGACAAGGUGCACGAUAUAAUGGACGAUAUCGCUGAGCAACACGACAUCUCUCGUGAGAUCACGGAUGCUAUCAGCAACAAUGUCGCCUUCCCCAAUGAUAUUGAUGAGGAUGAACUGGAGAGAGAAUUAGAGGAGCUUGAACAGGAGGAUCUUGAUAAGGAGAUGAUCGGCAUCAGCGUGCCAGCAGACAGCCUGCCCGACGUGCCCUCCGCCGAGCCUGUCGCUUCAGCCAAAGAGAAACCCGGCAAGAGUACAAUGAGCGAUGAGGACAAGGAGCUCGCUAUGCUGCAGUCCUGGGCAACAUAGAACCUCACCGCUUCGCCUUAAACAAGUGAUAUUUUUCACCUCUACAAUAAAUAUUUAAUCUUA